UGAGAAGAUCAGUUCCACUUUGUCCUGUUGCUGGUGAGUUAGCUGUUUGCUGUAAAAAAAGUUUUACUUGCAGAUCAUUGGUUUCAAGACAUCGUGGCAUCAUGUCGGUUGUACCUCUUCUUUCCAUUGCCGACAUUGAGUCGGCUUGCAACACCUUGCUGGAAGCAAGGCAGUUUGAUCGCUUAGAUCGCUUGUUAUGGUCCUUACCACGAACUCCCCAGUUUACAAAUAACGAUUCGAUUCUGGUCAGUCGAUGCGCAUUGUGUUACCAGCAGCGUCGCUACUCCGAACUUUACAGCAUGCUCCGAAACCGCUGCUUCGACCGUGCCCAUCACGCCACGCUACAGAAUCUCUGGUUCGAAGCGCACUACGACGAAGCGGAACAGAGGCGGUGCGGAAAGGCUCUCGGACCGGUCGGCAAGUACCGCGUACGGAGAAAGUACCCGCCGCCGGCCACGAUCUGCGAGGGCCCGCAGCCAAGCUUCUGCUUCGACGAGCGUGUUCGCGAGACGUUGACAGUGGCGUUCAAUCGCAGUCAGUAUCCAACUGCACAGCAAAAACAAGAGCUAGCCGCCAUGACGAACCUGACCAUCGUCCAGGUCAGCAAUUGGUUCAAGAACAAACGUCAGCGUAGUCGCGGCCAUCAGGAUGAUAUGGCUGUUUCUAGUCACUCAAGCUCAUCGUCACAGGAUGGUACUCCAGCGUGGGUAGUCAGAGGGUCGGACUGCUCCUCGCCAACCAGUACAGGUCCUGCAUCAUCCGACUCCUCUGAACACCACCAGCAGCAGCCGCACCAACAACCCCAAUUCUCCAUCAUCCCCCAUCAACCGGCCGCCCUAAGCCUACCAGCCGGUCUUGUCAUGUGGCGACCGCAAACGUUCGUCGAGCAGCGGCCAGUUGAAGCAUGAUGCGAUUAUAAUCGCUUACGAAAUUCCAAGCAUAAGUGAUAAUGUUUUUAUGUUUGGCUUGACCUUGAGAUAUUUCAUGACUCCCACCUAUGCUAUCAAAGAUGUAUUUUGAAUGAAAUAUUGCCCUACAAUCUAUUAAAUUUUGCCUACCGUUCGUAUUUCCAAUAUACUUGAAAAAGUACUAUAAUUAAAUAAUACAUGUACUUUUAUCUCAGCGUUGCUCUUUAUUUGAGAAUCAGGAAUUAUACAAAGUUAUAUGGUUACGUCUUUCCUAGGAGAAUACCCUCCCCUCUCUCCCACCCAUCAUUGAUUCAAAGAUUGAGAAGGAACAUGGGGUUACCCGUACGUGCUUUCCUUGCUUUCAUCA